GGUCACACUCCGGCACGUUGUUGAAGAUUAGUCACUUGCAUAUUAUUUUUAGUUUACAAGAUAUUUAUUUAAAGAGGAGUACUUCCAAGUAUUUAAUAAUAAUUUUUAGUAGUGCUGCCCUAAAUAGAAUAAACUCAUAAAAAUGCAGGAUCCCAAUGAAGAUACUGAGUGGAAUGAUGUGCUGCGCGCAAAGGGAAUCAUUGGACCGAAACAAAAGGAGGCCGAGAUCACAGAAGAUCAGAUCCAAGCGUUAAUGGAUGAUGCCAUCCAGCGACGCACAGAUCUGCCACCCCAGGAGGGACAACGCGAUAAGAAGAUCGAUGACAUGUCACUGGAUGAACUGGACGAACUUGAAGAUUCCGAGGAUGAAGCUGUGCUAGAGCAGUAUCGGCAACGUCGCAUAGCUGAGAUGCGCGCCACAGCGGAGAAGGCGAGAUUUGGCAGUGUGCGAGAGAUCUCCGGCCAGGAAUAUGUCAAUGAGGUGACAAAGGCGGGCGAAGGCAUCUGGGCGGUGCUGCAUCUGUAUGCCAAUGGUGUUCCACUUUGUGCCCUCAUCCAUCAUCAUAUGCAAAACCUUGCCGUGCGCUACCCACAAACGAAAUUCAUGCGCUCCGUGGCAACGACGUGCAUACCAAACUUUCCAGAGAAGAACCUGCCCACCAUAUUCAUCUACUACGAGGGAGCGCUGCGCAAGCAGUUUAUUGGUCCGCUCGAGCUGCGUGGCGAGAAAUUAACGGUGGAGGAGCUGGAAUUUAUGUUGGGCCAGGUGGGUGCUGUACCCACCGAAAUUAAGGAGGAUCCACGACCACAAAUCAGGGAUAAAAUGCUGGCAGAUUUGGAAGAUAAGAGUGCGGACUUUUAUUAACUAAUGAGCGUCAACUAACUCAAUUGUCAUGCAUCUAUUCAUAUAAUUUUUAAAUUUCUUAUUUAAUAUCGUCUCUAGUACAAUGGAGACGACGUGUUGUGCAUUUGUUAACAAAAUAAAAUCCAUUUCAUUUGUUUUUUCUACCUGAA